GCCGCGUGCAUAUAAAGCUGUGACAACUUACGCCACAUGGACCUCCUUCCCAACCCUCAUCUCCUCUGACCAUUUGCCACUAUGAGCUCGCAAGGCCCACCCAAGUACCUCUGCAGGCGCGUCAUUUACGAACUCCGACGACAUGGACUAGGCCGCCACCACAUCCCCCCGGAUUUCUUCUCCUCGAGGCUCUACCGAGACGUGCUGGACAGUCUUGAUGUUUCCAAGAUCCCCAAGACGAGCGCCUCAGAGCGUGAUCAGUGGCUCAACAUCGUCAACGCCGCGGACAGCAUAUCCGCGAUCGGCCACCUGAUUUGGGCAGGCGCCACCGGCUUCAAGACACCCUCGGCGGCUUGCACACGCAUCAUGGCGGACUCGAUGUCGUCUGUAUGGGCUUGGGCACUGUAUAUGCAUCCUUUCGUCCGAAACUGUGACGAAGACGCGCUCGAGGCUGCGACCGAGCUCUACAAGUGGCACUUCUCAGGCCGCAAAGGCUGGCAUUACGCCGCCAUCUGCGACGCGAUCUUCGCCUUUGCCGAUCGUACCGACACAGGAACUUCCGCGCUGCUGGCCUUUCCAGGAUCGGUAUCUUACAUGUACGAUCUCUGGUGGUACAUGAUGCACGUCAUCGGCGGCGUGGACCCGGCUGAUGGGAUUGUGGCAACACUGGUCUUGCUAUCCUCGGGAGCUCCCAACCAACAAGUCGCAGGCGAGAUAGUUGCGAAAGGAAGCCUCGGAGUGGACGCGCUGGUACGCCGAUUCUACGCGUUGCUCAACAUGAGGGACCCGGAUUUCUAUGCAGUCCACCCAAUCGUCCAUCUCAUCGCGCGAUGUGCCGCCGCUUGCGACGACGCAACAAGACGGAAGCUGCGCCCCCUGCUCUGGGAAAUCUGCCCUCUCAUCCGCCUCGCAGACCUCCACUCGUCGGAGGCUGAAGCGCAAACGCUAGGCUAUCUCGUGACAUUCUCUGCCAACUGCUUUUGUCUCUUGUCGUGCAUCAGCAUCGGCCUGGGCGGCACACGCGACAUCAUCCGCCUCAUACGCCAAGGUCUCCUGCAGGCUAUCUUCGACUUCAUCAACCGUUACUCCAAGUUUGAAUCGUCCAUCGCUUCCAACAUUCUGAACGACAUCAUUGCGCCUGCGAGCUGUCUUCCCUCUGUGGCGGCUGUCGUCAACGAUGCCAUCCAGCGCCAUAACUUGCGCCCCUCGGCUGAUGAUGACAAGUUUGAAGCCUGGCACGCUAUGUGCGCAAGCUUGGACAAACUGGCCGCCGCGAAGGACGAUUACAUGGCAGAGAAGAAGGCGAACCGAUUUUGUCACAAUAAAUCUUGCAUUCCUGAGCUUGUCAAGAAGCUCAAACGAUGCCCAUGCGGCUAUGUCUACUACUGUUCCAAAUCGUGUCAGACGCUGGACUGGGAACGCCACAGAGAGAUCUGUCAGAACCGAGAUUAUUGUCCUGAUCUCCAAGAGUUUCGCAUCCAUAACCCCUCUGACGUCCGCUUCCUCCGAUUCUUGGCUUACCAAUAUCUGCCCGUUCGGGACAUAUCACGCGAAACGUCCAACAAGGAUACGCAUGCAGCAUUCCAGGUCGAUUUCAGCUCAUCAGCUGAACCGAAGGCUACUGUCGUCGAGAGCGGGGAAAAUCGCAAGUUGACUGUGAUCGUCGGAACAUUCAAGGCGAAGACGACGUUGUCCUCAGCGUCGACGUCUACGAUCUCCGACCCUUCUCAGAAUGCGAAUGCGAUGUCGUAUGAGCGGCAAUGCUCAGUCAAAGGCUGCACGAAUAUUCUGCCGCCCGACCAGGUCAAGAAGAUGUGCGAUGCGUGUAGGGAGAAGCACAGAGGAUACGCGACGACGAAGCGUGCGCGGCGGAAGCAGGAGAAAGCCGUGCUGAACGGGCUUGUCGGACCAUUGGAGGGGGGACAGGAUUCUGCCACUUGGGACCAGACACCAGGGGCAUCGACGAGCCAGGUCGAAGCCUCUCAUGAGACGCAGGAAGUGCAGACAGCGCAGCUUUCGCAGCCCUCAACCUCCCAGAUGUCGCCAUGGGGAAACAGUAUCGAUCCAGCACUAUACGCGCAGGGAACUAUCGCGUACUCGCUCGGUCCCUCAAACUACCGUCCCCCGCCUCAAUCCGAACUCGCUCGUGCACUCACUUACGACGUGCCUCCCGGUCCGUCAUAUCACCAGAGUCCGCGGUUCUCUGCCACCGUGCAGGGCGUGGCCAGCUCGAUCACCGCACAAGUAACUGCCAGUCCGAUCGUUGUUCAUGCAACAGAGGCAGAGGUGCAUCGCAAGACAGCGGAGUCGGCGCAGUUGCAGAUCCUUCCAUCACAAGCGACGUCGACUGCACCUAGCGGCCCACCGAAUAUCGCGCCAAACUCUUCGGCCGUGAUCCCGCGCUUCUGCUCCGUCAAGGGAUGCAAGAACAUCUUGCCCGGCGACUACGAGUUCAAGAUGUGCGUCCCCUGCCGCGACAAGUACAAGAAGUACGGCGAGACGAAGCGCGCGAAGUGGAAGUCGGAGCGCGAGCAGCUGGAGAGGGAGCUCGCAGCGCUGCGCGCGGCGGAGGAUGCAAGAAGACGGGCGGCGGGGAUGCCUGCAUUAUCAGAGAACGCAGACGAGUUGUACGCUUGGGAGAAGGCAAUCGUCGACAGUAGAAUUCCGCUCAGUGAGCGCAGGCGGUCGUCUGCGGCUUUGGCCAAUCGAAAUGUAGAGGUCGUCAGCCCUCAAGUCGGAGGUAAUUGCACUCAAGUCGGCGACAACAGUGCACAAGCUGGCGAUCACAACGCGCAGGCUAACGGCAGCGGUUCCAAUGUCACCCAUGAUCUGACGACGAGCUCCGUUGAUCCUCAGCCUAUCGACAUGGCGACAACACCAGGUGCUACCAUUUUCAGUCCUUCGUCCUCUCCGUACCAGGCGGCGUCGCCCGCCGUGCGGAUGUGCACCGUCUCGCACUGUCAUCAGGUCCUUCCAAGGGAGUACCAGUAUAAGCGCUGCGUACAACACCGCGUUCAGAACCGGCACCAUAGCACGCUGAAGCGCGUGCGUGAGCGCGCGGCGAAGGAGGCGGGGCCGGACGCGGAUGCGGCGUUGACGCCCGGUGCGGCAGAUUCGGCGCUGACGUCGGGCGCGGCGAACAUGCCAGACGUGGUGCAGGCGGCGCUGAGGAGGAUGGCGGCGGAGGGCGCGAUGACGACGGAUGACGUGCUGGGGGAGGAGACGGCGAAGGGUGGAGAGGGGGUUAUUGACGGUGAAGGGAUGGCGGUGGCGACAACUGGAAUGACCGGAGCGGCGAGUGAGAUGACAGCGGAGGGCGGGGAGGCGACUGCGAUGGGCGAAGAAAUGAACGUGGAUGGUGCGGGCGAUGAAAGUAUGGAUGAGAUGCGGGUGGUGGAGGAGCUUAUGCGCGCAGCUCCGGAGUCGGUGGGACAGGACGAAACCGCUUAUCAUCCUGCGACCGAGCAUUCGUCGAUGCCACCCCCGAUGACACAACCAGCCUCGGCGGCGACGUCCACCGACGCCACGACGAUGGCUACAGCAGACGCAUCUGCGACCCCAACGAAGCAGAGGCCCGAGCGCAAGCGAAAGAAGAAGUCGCACAAGAAGAUCGCGGACCAGAAGCGCAGGCAGGUGUGCUCGGGCCCGGGGUGUUAUAACCUGAUGGACAUUGAGCAGAGGUGGCGGAUGUGCGACCUCUGUCGCAAGCGGCAGAGGGAGGGCCGCUGGCAGGGGCCGCUUGUGGAAGGCGGGGAAUGCGGGGAAUCUGAUGUGGAGGAUGCAGGGGAGCGCGAGCAAGGGGAGGGGACAUCGACGGGAGAGCAAGCGGACGCCGAUUUUCGUGACGAGGGCUCGAUGGACAUUGAUCCGCCUCAGACCGCCACGCCGGGCGCUUCGACUAGCAACUCGCCUUCAACGUCCGUUCGCUCCAAUACCUCGUCCACUCGAGACCGCUUCAGCAAGUUUCCAUGGCCCCCGCCAAACGGAGUAUACCAGCGAGAACGCGCGAGGCGGAAGCUCAGCGCCAAGGCACGCUUCGAGGCGGAUAAGGCCUCAGAGGCGGCUCGCAAGGAAGCAGAAGCUCGCGGGGAGGUGUCGAAGGCGUUUUCUGGCACCUGGCCGACUGGCCCGUCGACGAAUGUGUACCCGUAUUAUUCGAGGGACGCAACGUAUCAGCCAUCGGUGUAUGUUUCGCCAUCGUAUAUGGGGUAUACACCGCCCAUCGGUGCUCCGUCUUCCUCGACCGCAAGCCGACCAGCCUUUGCCCGAGGUCGCGCGCCAGAUUCCGCUCCUCAUCCGGCUAGUCCGUCUCAAGCAUCGCCUACGGAACCAGACCCUCCUGGUUCGUUGAAGUGGUCUUCCAGCCGAAGCUUUACGCCAUCGACCUUCAGUCAUCCGACUGUCGAGGCUUCCAAGCAAGGUCCUCCCGCAACGAGCCCCUCUACGGAUGCCACUGCUCCUGCAAGUCAGCCUGCUACCCCAUCUGCAACCUAUACGUUAGCAACAUACCCUCCUUAUGCUGGCUGGACACCUGUCGCAUAUACGUACUCGCCUGCGCCUGGCGGUGCUUACUCUCAUCAUUAUGCGAGCCAUUCCUCCCAAGCUCCGCCUAGCGCACAACCGACAUCAUCACCUGGCUAUGCUUACCCAUCGACGUCUUAUUAUCCGCCGCCGCAUUACCCUUAUGCCUAUGCCUAUGCAACGUACCCUCCGCCGACAUCCACUGAUGGGACAACGACCGCAGGACAGUGUCCGUCCCCUUAUCCGUACGCGUAUCCGGCGCCUUGUCCUUAUUCAUGUUGCGCACCAACCAAUGCGGGACAUACGCCUACGCCAUCCUCCUCUGCCGGCAUUGGGAUCACUGGUGACCCAAUACCUGCCUCUGGACCUGCACCUGAACAAUCGUCAUCAGCGGGUAACGUCGACGCAGCGAACAAGACAGACACCAGUCAGGAGACGGUUCGGACGUCUCGCAGGUCAGCAGCGUCACGAAAGUUAUCAUCUUCGAGCAAGCAACUCUCGAGCACGGGCGAGGCGGUGGGCAACACGCAGGAUACCGCGUCGACGAGGCUGGCUGUUAUUCAAACUCAAGCGUCUACCUCCCAGACAUCCCCCGAUCCAGCUCAUGACGACGGAAGCACAACGUUGUCCAAUGGAGAGCAUGCAGAGCGCAGUCGAUCUCGGAGCGAGUGGAGUUCCGACUAUCCGAGGGACUAUCCGCAGCCAGGCCAGUAUCAUCAGCAGUGGCAAAGCCAGCGUCAUGAUGGUCCUGGCGAAUCCAGUUCUCCGCCGUCGGCAACCCUCGCUUGGCUAGCCGGGAAGAGAGGAGCCGCUCGGGACGAACACCGCGACUCGGAGGGGGCAGCGCUGAACGCCCUGGUCCCGCCAGCGCCACCCAGCGCUGUGUAUGAGGGUUACGGCAGUCUUUCUGAGAGGGCGGUCAUACCUGCACGACGCGAAGGUCGUGAUGCAGACAACGAGGAUAUCAGUCCCAAAAGGCGACGGACUUCAGGCGGCUUUGAUGAUCAGGCUGCGUCUGAUGCCCACCCGUCGUCCUCACACGACGUGAAGGAGCUUGAUCCGAAGUGCGACGCCGCCCUCGCACCGUCUACAACCGCCAAAGAAUGCAGUAACCCCGCUUGUCAUCGUCCAGCUCUAUCAGGGCUUCUUUGCGAAAGAUGUAAGACGAAGUUGAAGAAAAAGAAACUCGAACGGCGGACGAAGCUGCAUCUACAGCCCAAACGAGUGGAAGCGUUGCAGAGCUUAAAGGUCGUCAGUGCGAGCGAGAAGGAUGGACUAUCUGCGUCAUGAUGUUGUAUUAUUUUGGUGACAGAAACGCGAAUUAGGGAGUCUACAAUAAUGUAAUACCGUAUUCAGAGGCUAAUGAUUACUUUGGAUGCUCGUUCGGGACACAUUAGACUGAGAAAGCACGAACGAGGCCGAGUGAUCCUCUCUCCAUGCGUACACUGAAGCCACCCAGGACCUCCGAACCGAAGUAUCGCUUGCACUCGUACAUGUCGUGCAAAGCCUUGCGCGCAUUCACUCUCAGCAAGAGAUUCUUGACCUCCUCGUCGCCUCCUGAUAACUCGUCGAUGCGCUUUAUGUCGCUGGCCGCGCCUGUUUGCACGAGGAGAUCGACCUUGUCGCGCGCGUGGGGUGACUGCGAGUCUGAGAAUAUGUUCUGACAGAAGGUCAUGGU